ACGCAUGCUCACGGAGCACUAGCUCGUCGUUGGGCGGAGCUACGCGAGGUGGACGUUGAGUUUGUGUGAUGUUGGGUUGACCGGUUCUCCUCCUUGACCACGUCUCCUCCUGAACUAGAAGGAAGUCGACCUAUGUGAGGAUCCAUACAUAGACAGAAGACAAUGUCUGGAAGCUUCUACUUCGUAAUUGUUGGCCACCAUGACAAUCCAGUUUUUGAAAUGGAAUUUUUGCCAGCUGGGAAAACAGAAUCCAAAGAUGAACACCGUCAUCUGAACCAGUUCAUAGCCCACGCCGCUCUGGACCUCGUUGACGAGAACAUGUGGCUCUCCAACAACAUGUACUUAAAAACUGUGGACAAAUUCAAUGAGUGGUUUGUCUCGGCGUUCGUCACUGCCGGGCACAUGAGGUUCCUCAUGCUUCACGACGUGAGGCAAGAAGAUGGAAUUAAGAACUUCUUCACUGACGUUUAUGACUUAUAUAUCAAGUUUGCCAUGAAUCCCUUUUAUGAACCCAAUUCUCCUAUUCGAUCAAGUGCAUUCGAAAGAAAAGUUCAGUUUCUUGGGAAGAAACAUCUUUUAAGCUAAAUGGGGAAAACUUCAGAAUCUCAGUGGGGUAUGCUCAGGAGUGUAUGUAUUGUAAGUUACUUGAUAAAAUAGCCUGGCAAACUCUGUGUCAGCUUACCUGUAUAUCAUGAAAUUUCUCUUAUAUUUAAAAAUCUCAUCUUUUUGUGUUAUCACUAUUAGUAGUUACCUGUGAACAGUUAUCACUAAUUUAAUAUUUUAUUUCAAAAAUCAAUAAGCCUGUAACUUUUUGAUUGAGAUAAUUAAAAAAAUCUUAGAUUCCU